GCCCAUCCUCCUGAACUGAGGAAAUUUAUGGACAAGGAGUUCUCAUGGAAAUUAAAUGAUGGCAGACAUGUACAAGGAAUACUGCGGGGCUUUGAACCCUUCAUGGACCUUGUGAUUGAUGAGUGUGUGGAGAUGGCAGCGAGUGGGCAACAGAAUAACAUCGGAGGUGUCAUUUGAGGCAACCACAGCAUCGUGUUGGAAGCCUUGGGAAGAGUGUAA